AUGGCACCACGCUCAUUCUACGAGAACGACACCCCAGUGAUCCCCAAACCAGGAACGACACAACCGAUAUCGCGCCAGCUAGAAGAAGAAGACUCGCCUCAUGGCCAAGUAAGCUUCGUCAACGGCAUGAUAAUCCGCACCACGCCCCAGAUCGAAACAUGGAUGCAAGCAAUGCGCACCUCGUUCAACCGCAACUUCCAAAUCUGGGAAGCCGAGCUCGCGACGCAGAAAUCCGCGUUCUCGAACGAGUUGACCCAUUUGCAAAACGACUUUGAUGCAGUAGUAACCGAGCCGAUCUUGCCUCGCGGGCUCUACAUCUUGACCGUGGCGCUCACGGGCUCCAUAAUGGCUCGCAAUUCCAAUAUCGUGGUGCGGUUCAUGGCGCCCGUGGCGUUUGGCGCUGGUGCCUUGAGAUAUUUCAUGCCUCAGACGUUCCAUAACGUGGGCGCUAGAUAUGAUGCAUGGGAAAAAGCUAAUGCGCCUCACGUGUAUGCAAAGAGAAUGUAUUUCAUUAAGGAUAUGAAGGAUGUCAUGACUGGGUUUGAUGAUGAGGUUGUCAAGUUUAACGACUCGGUGAUUUUGACUGUUCAUGAUUGGAGGUCUGCUUUUAAGCAGUAUUGGGAUGAGGACCAAAAUGUGGAAGACAAAAACAAGUAG